AUGUCAACUAGGAAAAUAGUCACAACCGUCGAAAAGGCGGACACUUGGCAACCUAUUGAUGUCGAAAUGAUGCAAAGUGUUGUCGUGACUUGGCUGGACAACCAUAUCGAUAGUAACAAUGAAGAUCGCCGAUACACAAUUAAACAACUUCAACAACUUGUUAAUACUGUCGAGAUAUUUUCAGACAACGACGAAUGUGUCGAAUUUAUAUUGAAUAGCGAUCAAGAUAAAGUAUACCUAAUCAUUUCUGGCUCGUUAGGACGAUCUCUUGUGCCUUGUAUACAUGAUAUUCCACAACUGGAUUGUCUCUUUAUCUUUUGUGAAAACAAACUACGUCAUGAACAAUGGACAAAAGAUUGGAUCAAGGUAAAAGGUGUUUUUAUCGACACAGUCUCAGUGUGUAAAGCCAUUGAAGACACAUUUCGUCGAUACGAACAGAAUGCCAUGCCAAUGAAUUUUAUAGCAACUGGACGAAGACCCGAUCAACUCGAUCCACUCUUUAUGUAUACACAAUUCUUCAAAGAGAUUCUAUUAUCUAUCGAUUUUGACGAUAAACAUAUCACAGACUUUAUCAAACAUUAUCCUGGACUGUUAACUGUCGAUGAUAAGCAGUCUCGUGGUAUUGAUCAAUUAGUGCGUGAUUAUCGUACGAAAGAACCCAUUUGGUGGUAUACUAAAGGUACCGUCCUUCAUUCUAUGCUUAAUCGCGCACUCCGAAUAUUGGAUCCCGAUAUUCUUGUGCCAAUGGGAUUCUUUAUCACAGAUCUUCAUCGAAACAUUGAGAAACUGCACAAAGAACAAUUUCUUGACACACCUUAUUCUAUGACUUUUAUAGUCUAUCGUGGACAAGGAUUGUCCAAAGCAGACUUUGCACAACUAAGGCAAGCGAAAGGUGGACUCGUCUCAUUCAACAACUUCCUAUCCACCACUAUAGAUCGUGAUGUUUCGUUUGUCUACGCAGAAAGUAGCGCAUACAAUCCUGAUUUAUUGGGUAUUCUUUUCAACAUGCAAAUAAAUCCAAGUGAAUCAACCGCACCAUUUGCUCUGAUUGAAAAGAUUAGUUACUUUUCGCACGAAGCUGAAGUACUAUUUUCAAUGCACAGCGUAUUUCACAUUCACGACAUCAAAUCCAUCGGCACUGAUCGACCAAUGUACGAAGUAGAUUUAUCACUUACUAGUGAUUCCGACAAAGAACUGAGUGUGCUUGCUGACCACUUUCUUCAAGAGGAUUCUCUCUCCGUAAAAGGUUGGUAUGGGCUAGUAAACCUGUUAAUUCAACUCAAUCACACUGACAAAGCUGAAGAGAUCUGCUACAGUUUACUAAGCAAUGCAUCAGAAGACGAAGAUUUGGGAAACAUUUAUCAUCAACUUGGCAGUACCCAACAUCAAAAAGGUGAAUUUUCAGAAGCCAUAAAGUAUUAUGACAGAUCAGUAGCGAUUGAAGAAAACCUUUUUCCUUCCCAUCGUUCCAGUUUAGCAACGUCCUACAACAACGUCGGUCUGGUGUAUGAUAAUAUGGGUGAUUAUGCAAAAGCACUUCAAUACCAUGAGAAAGGUCUUUCGAUUCGAGAACAGUCACUUCCCAAAAAUCAUCCUGAUUUAGCGACAUCCUACAACAACAUCGGUCUGGUGUAUUAUUAUAUGGGUGAUUAUGCAAAAGCACUUGAAUACUAUGAGAAAGGUCUUUCAAUUCAACAACAAUCACUUCCCGAAAAUCAUCCUGAUUUAGCUAUAUCCUACAACAACAUCGGUCUGGUCUAUUAUCAUAUGGGUGAUUAUACCAAAGCACUUCAAUACUAUGAGAAAGGCCUUUCAAUUCAACAGCAAUCGCUUCCCGCAAAUCAUCCUGAUUUCGCUAUAUCCUACAACAACAUCGGUCUGGUCUAUUAUCAUAUGGGUGAUUAUGCAAAAGCACUUCAAUACUGUGAGAAAGGUCUUUCAUUUCUACAACAAUCACUUCCCGAAAAUCAUCCCGAUUUAGCUACAUCCUACAACAACAUCGGUCUGGUCUAUUAUCAUAUGGGCGAUUAUGCAAAAGUACUUCAAUACUAUAAGAAAGGUCUUUCAAUUCAACAACAAUCGCUUCCCGAAAAUCAUCCCCAUUUAGCUAUAUCCUACAACAACAUCGGUCUGGUGUAUUAUCAUGUGGCUGAUUAUGCAAAAGCACUUCAAUACUAUGAGAAAGGUCUUUCAAUUUCACAACAAUCACUUCCCGCAAAUCAUCCUCGGUUAGCUACAUCCUACAACAACAUCGGUGCGGUGUAUUAUUAUAUGGGUGAUUAUGCAAAAGCACUUCAAUACUAUGAGAAAGGUCUUUCAAUUCAACAACAAUCACUUCCCGCAAAUCAUCCCGAUUUAGCUACAUCCUACAACAACAUCGGUAGUGUGUACAAUCAUAUGGGUGAUUAUGCAAAAGCACUUCAAUACUGUGAGAAAGGUCUUUCAAUUCUACAACAAUCACUUCCCGAAAAUCAUCCCCAUUUAGCUAUAUCCUACAACAACAUCGGUCUGGUGUAUUAUCAUAUGGGUGAUUAUACCAAAGCACUUCAAUACUAUGAGAAAGGCCUUUCAGUUCGCGAACAAUCACUUCCCGAAAAUCAUCCUGCUUUCGCUACAUCCUACAACAACAUCGGUCUGGUGUAUUAUCAUGUGGGUGAUUAUGCAAAAGCACUUCAAUACUGUGAGAAAGGUCUUUCAAUUCAACAACAAUCACUUCCCGCACAUCAUCCCCAUUUAGCUACAUCCUACAACAACAUCGGUGCGGUGUAUGAUAAUAUGGGUGAUUAUGCAAAAGCACUUCAAUACUAUGAGAAAGGCCUUUCAGUUCGCGAACAAUCACUUCCCAAAAAUCAUCCUGAUUUAGCGACAUCCUACAACAACAUCGGUCUGGUGUAUUAUCAUGUGGGUGAUUAUGCAAAAGCACUUCAAUACUAUGAGAAAGUUCUUUCAAUUAAACAACAAUCACUUCCCGCAAACCAUCCUGAUUUAGCUUUAUCCUACAACAACAUCGGUGUGGUGUAUGAUGGUAUGGGUGAUUAUGCAAAAGCGCUUCAAUAUUAUGAGAAAGCUCUUUCAACUGAACAACAAUCACUUCCCGCAAAUCAUCCCCAUUUAGCUACAUCCUACAAUAACAUCGGUGGUGUGUAUGAUGCUAUGGGUGAUUAUGCCAAAGCACUUGAAUACUAUGAGAAAGGUCUUUCGAUUCGAGAACAAUGA